AUGUCCACCCUUACAAAGUCACGCCAGGUAUCACUAACCCAAGGCACGAGUGUUAAGAGUGACUCGGAACAGCCCUACCGUAUUGAGGAGCUACUCACUCACGGGGGUAAGAGCGGUUUGCAUGUAUACCGAGCGAGCGCUCAAGGAAAGCAAUACAUCUUGAAAAAUAUAAUCCCAGGCGACUUUCAGCAUCAGGUCAACAUACAAAAACAGCUAUCCCUGUGUCCCAACAUCCGCACAGCUGUGGAUUCUGUGCGAGAGACUGAAGUGUUCUUCUAUCCCUUCUUAGAUGGAGACUUGCUUCGCUUUAACAUCAAACCCAACAAUAUCCUUAUCGAUUACACGGAACCUGCUGCUGAGGAUCAAGAGAUCACACUAUUCGAACAAGUCCAGAUUUCCGACUUGGGGGAUACAGUCAUCGUCCCACCAGGCAAAUGGCUCCGAGGGCCUCUCUGCGGCAACGCUAUCUGGCGCAGCGCCGAGAGCUGGGCGCGAUCUCGUCAGAAUCAGGCUUCUGAUGUGUUUUCUUUUGCCCUUGUGAUGGUCUACGUGAUGGCUAAUGAAAUGGUUCUUCGCGUCCCGGAUGAACAACUGAACGCCGAGGACUCCUGGCGUCAUGUUCUUCGCCUUCAUCUAUCAUACUUUGCCGACAUAGAGGGCGUGGAGCGCUUCCUCGAGCAUAUAGGAGAGCAAAACCCAUUCUUCGAACGCAUAUUGGAGCUAAUUAACACAUUCGGACCGGAGAAUCCGAGACAACCGGUUGAGCAUUGGGAUUUUCUUGAACCCGAACUUAAGGAUUUGGUGGCUAAGAUGACUUAUCUUGAUCCGAGGGGGAGGAUCACCUCGAAAGAGGCGCUGGAGCAUCCUUGCUUUAGGUGA